UUUCCAGAAAAUAGGUUAGCCAUAAAAAGAGCUUCUGUAACAUUGCUACUAACUUUUAGUUAAUACAUUCAGCUGCUUUAUCGCAUGGACCUUGAAGCCUAAGUACAGCGACUGUGGAUAUCUCUAAGCAUUGUUAUAAACAUAUUUUUGUCCUUUGUAAUGAAAACAAUUAACUGUUCUUUGAUCAGGGAUCAAAGCAAUUGUCACUCCCUCCUCCAUUUUCCCUACGUAGAUUUUACUAAAUAAAAGUUAAUGUGCCAACUGCAAGUCUACCUUGAUGCUUACUAAUUUAAUUUUCUUCUCUUUUACAAAGACCAUUUUAAAAAUCCACCUGGAGUUUCAUGGACUGCACAUACGCUUGGCAACCUGAAUGAAUCAUUUCACAACGAGGUAAAAUGAAUUGUCAUCUGCAACAUAAAGGUGGGUGAAACAGACAUUGGGAGAGAAGUAGAGCCAGGAAGCAAGAUUUUCUGCAGGUACAAUUUGCCAUUAUUAUUUUUUUCUUUAUCAUUCUCUGGCUUACUUCAUAUAUCAGAAAAACUAUGGUUAAUUUGUGUUAAUAUAAUUUGUAUUUUAGUUACAUAAUUAAAACAUUUAAAGUUUUUAAACUUAAAAUAAUUUGAAGAGUUGAAAUAAUAUGAAUAUUUGGUUGAUAUUCUAAUUUAAAAAUAUGUACCGUAUUUCUUUGGAAAGAAUAGAAAAAUAAUUACAACAAUUUAUUUAUUUAUUUGACUUGUUUGCUGCCCAUUUCACUAAAUUAUAAGUGGCAAAGGCUAUUUCCAAGAAAACUAUACAUUCAAUUGAAGCAUGAGCAAUCAGGGAAGAUUGGAGAAAAAUGAAAUUCAUACACACACCUUGGUUCCCUUUAGGUUAAUAAAUGUAAGAUCUCUGACCAUAAUUUGCCUUUUAAAAUUCCUCUAAAAUUAAUUCUUGUCAGUAGUUAUACUGGAGUUAUAAUUACCUUUGUCUUACCUAUACAAAAAUAUAGCUAACAAAAUAGCUGCUAGGGCACCUCUAUAUCAUUAACAAGAAUAUCAUGAAUGAAAUGUACCGUAAUUAAAUGUACAGCCCAUUUGCCAUUUCUCUUUCCAAAACCCAAUGGUUCUUUCAUUAACAUUAGAUUUUGGAUUCAGAAAGAAGAAACUUCAAUUGUAUCACGUGGCUUCUUUUGAUGUCAUACAGGUGAGUGAAUUUACAUUGCCUUAUUAUUGAGUUGUGGGUCAUCAUGAUUUUUUUCAUGAGUGGUUUUAAUUGCUCUGCAAACAUUCUGCAUGUUUUGGACAGAAUUAGUUUGCAACCCAUUAUUGUGAUUGCUGAAUUAGUUACCCUUUCCAAAGCUCAGACUUGAUCUCCUUCAAAGAAUUAUUUUACCGAAUCUGUAACUUUGAGUAAAGCGAUAUUGCCAGUAUGGAAUAAUUUGAUUUCUUAUUUCACUUUUCACUUCCACAGCUUGUCUUCAUUUUUUAGACAUGAAGAAAUGCAUUCAAUAAUGUUUCCUAUAUAUUUGCUUGCAAUUUGUCUCCUGGUGGCAUAAUAUUCAAUGCCUUUGCAAGCAGGAACUGCAGUAAAGGAGAUUGCUUAUUUGCUUGCAUUGAUUGAUUUUUUUAAACUAAAAUAAUUACAAUUUAAUGGAGUGUAUUUUUGCUUUCAAUUUGGCUCCCUUGACUUACUAAACACAUAAAGACACAUGUAAUGAUAGGUAUAAGUUGUUUAUGCAAUUUUAUGAAAAAAUAAGCCCAUGAGAGCAAUGUGUUGAAAAUCUUAAAGUUCGUCUCUCCUUUAUAUGGAUUUGACCUUGUUGAUGGGGUAGGCAGGGAAUAAGAUGGAGCAGUUUUUGAAAAAAUGUCCUGAAAUGUUGUUUUCUCUGUCAUAGAAUGGCUUCUGGAACCCCUUUAUAGCAGCUCCAUUUGGGGUCACACGACUAAGAGAAGGACAAAUACUGGCAUUGUUCAACUAUUUUUUUCAUAAGGAAGCACUGGCAGGAAUUUGUUUUAGAUUUUUUUCUCCAUUGCCUCCCAGUGUGAUUAGUUAAUUUUUAAAUUUUGAUCUUCCAUUUUGUUGACUUUUCCCACCACACUAAGAUUGACCUUAUUUCAUAUCCUAUUGACCAAUAAGACAGAUCGAUUUCUAAUACCAUUUACCUAGUUUCUUUCCAGCAUUUGGAUUGGAGAGCAUAAAAAUAAUUGCCAGGUGGAAAAGAAAAAAAUGGCCAUCUUUCUCUUCAAAUUAUGCUUCAUAUUUCUGCAGUGAACAGCAGAAUGAAAUAAAACAUAUAAUAAAAAUGAUGACAUUAAUGUUAUUUGGAAAUAAAAUAAUUCAGCUGCUUUCUCCUACAACAAAAUGCCAUGCCUCAUCUGAUACUUUCUAACAAAGCAACUAGCAAAUGCAUUUUUCCAGUGAUAUUCAUAUCCACAGAUAUUAGAUAUUCAAAUUCACAGUUGCCUUUUCUUUGGGUUGCUCCAUGAAUGGUAGAUUUUCCUGUGCACUGCUUGGAGAGUCCAAGCAUGGGUUAAACUCAGCCAAUCUGCCUAGGACUGAAUUGAAACUUUAACCACGCCUCUGGUGUUGCCUUGACUUCCAGUUUUUUCAAUUCAGUCAAAGCCCAGUGGACGUGUUUCAAGUUUCUCUCAGUCUUUUGCAAAUUGCUUGGACUCUCUUUUUCCUUUUUCCUUGUUAUUUUUGCAGUUUUCUUUCUUCCCUAGAUAGCAGGUGUUGGUGAAAAGAAUUUCCCUUUUUGUUUUUUUCCCCUUUUCUCAUUGUUGUUCGCCUCCGCAGUGUCCCGGGCUUGCUUGGGCAUUGCGGAGAUCGGAGGCAGCUGCCAGUUGAGGCGUGGGGUCGGAGCACUGACGCCCACAUGAUUGUGCCACUUUUUCACUGUGAUCAUGCUCCUGACUGUAGAUUCCGCAGCCUCCGUCUGUGCUCCUCAGAAGGAGCCGGUGGCUGGUGCGGAGCCACAGCAGGCAUAGGUUUUGGUUUCGGUGACCAUUUUGAGUAGCUUUUGUCAUGAACGCCAUUUUGUUUUUGCAGUUUUUCCUGCAUUUUUGGCCUGCCAUUGCCUUAUCUGCCCUGCUCUCAGCAGAUUGCCGUGGAAGACCUCCUGUCCGGCCUCCGGCAGGAUCUGUUCCUCUGGGACUGUGCUCCCAAAGCAAUUGCAGCUGUGGAGUUUUUGGCCUCAUUGGUCAGGCUCGUUGAUACUUCGAUCUGUGUUGGUACUGGGAGUGAUUGGCUCAUACCUUUGGUCUACUGGCCUUGGCCUCCAUAAGCUUCAACCAGCUACUGCCCUCGGUGUCUGCACCUUGGGAGCGCUAGGGCCCUUGAUCCAGGGUCGCUAAUAUGGUGAGUGAAGAGGCCCCUGCUUCCUUCAAAUGCCCCUCGAGAUCGCUGGGAUGGCAGACCAACCCCCAUGUGGGGAAAGAUCACCCAGGCCGCUCUACCAGUAGGGCUUUUUCCAGACAGGCUGAAGGGCAGCCAGGGAGCCCCUAAGGUGAGCAAGCCCUACACUAAGCAGGAUAAAAAGCAAGGGUCAGGCCUGGAUGGGGAUGCUCUUCGUCACAUCCCAUCAUCCAUAGUUUCCUGUGGGGCACAACCAACCUGAGGCUCCUGGUCAUCCAUCAAUAUCAGGCAUGGGAGCUCGAGGUUGUGUUACGGGGUCUGACAGGCCCGCCAUUUGAACCACUAUGGCCCACUAGUCUUAAGCAUCUGACAUUUAAGACAGUCUUCUUAAUUGCCAUCACUUCUGCACGGUGGAUCUCGGAGUUGGCAGCCCUGUCAGUUUGGAAGGACUUGUGUCAGAUACAUCCUGACAGGGUGAUCCUCCGACUGGACCCGACAUUUAUUCCCAAGAUCAACUCCUGGUUUUACCAAGCCCAGGAGGUCAUCCUCCCAGAUUUUUGUCCACAUUCUAAACAUCCAAGGGAAAAAAGAUGGCACAUGCUCGAUGUCCGUAGAACUCUAUGUAAAUACAACAAAUGCACGGCAGCAUUCAGAUGAUCUGAGUCACUCUUGUGUCUUUUCAACCUGCAUCCCAAGGCUGCAAGGUCUCUUCAUCUACCAUUGGGCAUUGGCUGCGUGCAUGCAUUGCCUUCGCUCACGUCCUGCAAUCCAAACUGGUGCCAUGCCAAAUCACCACACAUUCUACGAGAAGCGCCGCUACCACAGCAGCCUUGGUGACCCAGGCAUCAAUAAAGAAGAUUUGCAGGGCGGCAACAUGGACUUCCUUAGCUCUGUUUGUUCAGAACUAUAAAUUGGACAAAUUCGCUUCUGCGGAGGGGGCAUUUGGGAGGCGAGUCCUUCAGGACAUUCAUACCAGCGGAGAGACCCUGGACUCAACAGCUUUCCGCCCUAGUGAAAUUUAGCUUGGUAUAUCCCAUGUUUGAACUGUCCAAGCAGCACAGAGGAAAAUGACUAUUGGCUUACCUGAAAGAUCAUUUUCUGUGCGCUGCAGGAGAGUCCAACCCCACCCUGGGGUCUUUCUCCGCUAUUCCUUACAGACUUUUUCUGGAACUUUUUUAUGGACGUCGUUGGUCAACAGUUCCAAGCCUUCAUUGGAAGUCAAGGCAACACCAGAGGCAAUGUUAAAGUUUCAAUUCAGUCGUGGGCAGAUUGGCUGUUUAACCCACGCUUGGACUCUCCCGCAGCAAACAGAAAAUGACCCUUCAGGUAAGCCAAUGGUCAUUUGAAACCUGAUUCACAUAGGACAGUACUCUGACACCAUUGUCUUCUUAAAAGGAUGGAAGUCCUUAUGUAAUUAGCUUAAAUAACUUAAUCUAAUUAAGUUGUGAACUUAAAUUAGAAAACCUUUGGCAGGGUUUCUAUUUAUUUAAAGGGAGGAUACAUAAACGGACAUAUUUUCAAGGAAGUGGCAGUUUUAAAACUUGAAAAGCUGGAAUAACUACCAUGAGGCAAGGAGGAAUCUGAAAGGAAGUGCAGCAACAUAAAGCAAGCAAGAUUUAAGUUCAUUAAAUCAAAAAGACAAAUAAUCAACAAUUGGAGAUGUCAGGAAGAUAUUUACAGAAAUUCUUGCCUCAAGCUGGAUAUUGAAAUUUGAAAACCUAAGAAAUGUAUUGAUGAGAAGCAAGGGUAAUUAUUUAAAGAGAAAACCCAAAGGCGUUUUCAUUUGAGGGAAGCAGAAAAUAUGGUUACCAUUUUGCAACAACCUAAGGAGCUGGAACACGCUGAAAGAGCCAUGGACUGUUGGCAGAAAGUACAUCAGAGUGGGUGGAUUUUUCCAACUCUGAUCCUUUGUAUUUAUGGCUUCUUUACCAUGAUGAGGCCAUCUGAACCUUUCCUCACACCUUACCUUACUGGACCUGAAAAAAAUCUGACAAUUGAUGAGGUAACACAACAUAUUUUUCCAGUUUGGACAUACUCCUACCUGGCCCUGCUCUUCCCUGUAUUUCUGAUUACAGACUAUGCACGCUAUAAACCUAUAAUUAUUCUACAGGGGAUUAGCUUAAUUGUUACUUGGGUGUUACUUUUGUUUGCAUCUGGGAUAUCAGCCAUGCAGCUGGCAGAGUUUAUGUAUGGACUUGCAACAGCCACAGAGGUUGCCUAUUAUGCUUAUAUAUAUAGCGUUGUCAGUGCUGAUUAUUAUCAGAAAGUGACAGGUUAUUGCAGAAGUAUCACCCUGGUGGCAUCUACCAUGGGAUCUCUGCUUGGACAGCUUUUAGUUUCUUUAGGCCAAGUACCUUAUUUUUAUCUUAAUGUCAUAACUUUAGCUUCUGUGUCUAUGGCAUUUAUAUCUUCAUUUUUUCUGCCCAUGCCACAAAAAAGCAUGUUCUUCCACAGAAAGUCUUCCCCAGAACCUUUCAUUGGAUCAGUAGAGAAAGUUACAAUGCAAAUUUCCGACCAACAAACCAAUCAACAGGACCAAGAGAUGACAAUAUCAGUGGCCAGACCCCAGGAUUUACCUGAACACGAGCCAUCCAAAAUUAAACUCCAGAGUCACUUUCUGUCAAUCCUAAUGCAGUUGUGCCUGGAUCUGAAAGAAUGUUAUACUACUAAAAAGCUUCUGUACUGGUCAAUGUGGUGGGCUUUAGCUACUGCAGGAUUUAACCAAAUUUUGAAUUAUGUGCAAGUACUGUGGGAUGAUAAAGCGCCUUCUCAUAGUUCUGAAGUUUAUAACGGAGCUGUUGAAGCCAUAGCUACAUUUCUGAGUUCAAUAGCAUCACUAGCUGUGGGAUAUGUGAAACUGAACUGGGAUCUAACUGGAGAACUGGCACUGGGAAUCUUCUCUGCCCUGGAUGCUACUUCACUUUUUGUGAUGCAUUUUAUCCAGAACAUUUGGGUCUGCUAUGCUAGCUACUUAGUGUUCAAAGCUUGUUAUAUGCUCCUUAUAACCAUAGCCACAUUCCAGAUUGCUAUCAACCUCAGUAUGGAGCGCUAUGCCUUGAUGUUUGGCUUCAACAAUUUUGUUGCACUGCUAAUUCAAACUAUAUUGACUGUUAUUGUAGUUGAUUCAAAAGGUCUGGGCCUGGAUAUUGGGACUCAGUUCUUAAUAUAUGGAAGCUACUUUGCAGUGAUAGCUGGGAUUUUUCUAAGCAGAAGCGUUUACAUCAUAGUCUCAACGAAAUGUAAAAAGGAAAACCCUGCAGAAAAUCUUCAAAUGAAAGAACAGCAGCAGAAUACAGAGAUCCAUAGCACAAGAAUGUAGCACCAUAAACAAACAAAAGCCAAAGCUUUGAAGCCAAAUUGAACAAUUUAUGUGAAUAAAUCAGUCCCUAGGUGACUUUAAGUCACAUUUGCAGAUAAAAUUAACUCUUAUGUCUCAUGUGAUUUUAAAUUAUAUGAUACAUAUGAUACAGAAGUGUAUUAAAAGAUCAGAAUUCUCAAUGUGUCCAACCUAACAUAAGAUGGUUACAUUUGAAACAAGAAGGAAAUGUUGCUUACAUAUAAUUGUUUGAGGGGUCACUUGUAAUUGCCAUUAAAAUACUAGUUCUUUGUAAUACCAUUUAAUUAAAGAAAAUUGAAAGUAUUUCCCCUACUUUUUGAAAAUUCAUGCUGCUGCUAAUUGUUUCUGGCUUCAGUUCUUGGUAUAACUUUUAUACUCAUCUCCAUUAUAGAACUAUAACUCACCCAUUGAUUAUUUUGGCUCAAGCUCUUCAGAUGUUAUUCAGUGAGAAUUGGAGAGCUACAGAUUUAAGCAAAGAAAGGGAUUGGUGGAUAAUGCUAUGUUGGGAACUGCAGGGAUAAUACUGCAGAACCUCUAGAGUGGGUUAUGUUUGGGGUUCAAAACAGAACAGAUUUUGUUUCAGGUUAAGUUCUACCAUUAGCUUAAGCCUUUAAUAAAGAUGGUAGUAAAUAAAGUCAUUUCUAGGCAAUAGAUUGUUUCCUUAGGGAGAGAUAUGCAUGUACUAUGCUCAGAAAAAAAUGGAAAUGUAUUUAUUUAUAUCCCAUCUUUAUUAUUUUUGCUCACUUAUGUGUUUUGCAGCUAGGUAGCAUUAUAAUUCUGUGAAAUUCUUAGUGGAUGGAUAAGUGCACUGUGCUUAUCAGGUCACUUUUGAGAAUAGUCUGAACAUGUGGUUGGCCCUGGAUCAAGCAGCUUGUAUGGUAAGCACUACCUCCCAGGGCCCACAGUACCCUCAUGUUGAAACUGAUAAAAAACAAUGUUUAUAUACAUUGUCUCAUUGAGCCUCCUCAACUUAUUAGUUGCUAGGAGAAAUAAUUAGAAUGGAAGCUUAUGUAGAGAUUCACUUUUGGACUCUCUUGUGUUUCAUCUUUGGCAUCACCCUGAAGGUUUUUUAUUGAUCAAACUGGUCUGCUCCAAAGAACUGUCAUCGUUUCCAGUCUGUUUGUUGUUCCCAUUAUUCUUUUCAUAUUCCUUUCUAGUAAUAAGACUUUCUUAAUUUUAACCUGCUUUAAUAUUUACACAAACAUUCAUUGGCUAUGUAAUUUUCUUAUUUUUCUUUAAAAAAGCACAAACUAGAAUAUAUUCUAGGAAUUGCAGGAUAUGUGUGUAUUGAAAAAGCUAAAGAUUCCCUCACAGAAAUCAUUUUACUAGAUACUGGUUACUUCUGAGCCUAUUUAAAGAUGCUUCUAAGUGUGUAUAAAGCACUACAAAGCUUAGGAUAAAGUUUACAGGAUAUCUUACUCAGUCUAAUUUCCUGUUCAGUCUCAGAUCUUUGAGCAUUUUUUGCUACUCCCUCCAUGGAUAGAUUUUACAUUCAUAGUAAAUUCUGCUUUUAUAAUUUCCUUGUUCUGGAAUAAACUGCCAUGAGAAACAAUUCUCCCUCAUUUAAACUGGUGGGGAAGGAAAGCUCAAAACAUGCUUGUUUAUACAUGUCUUUUAAUAAUUUUGUUUCAAACAUUUAAAAUAGUUUGGAUUAAUAUUUUUGUGAAGUUUGUUUUAAUAUUAUGUAGUUUAAUUGUAUUUGCUAAUUGCCUUGAUCACACAAAUACUCAAAAUAAAUAAAAGUAAAAUAAAAUGAUGGCACUAUUUUAUUAUAAACAUCAGGUAGAAAAAUCUUUGAAGUGCUGGGAAAAAGUCAUCCAUUAUAAAACGUGGUGAGAAAAUUGAAGUUUACAGAUUAUUGUACUUUCUGAUGUAUGGGGAAAUGAUGCAAUCUAUUAAGAAAUAGUAUUUUAAUUUUUAUGAUAAUAAAAACACUUAAAACAUAG